CAAUAACACAAUAUUCUAAUGAUGAAGUUAAAAUUAAAAUGAAGUAAUUAAAUCGGAAGUGGAUGGUUAUUUAAACAAACAUUUAUAAUGGCUGCAGUUGUUAAAAUAGAACCUAUGUUAGAUCAUGAAUCAACAAUGGACAAAUAUCGUUCAGAUAUUACAUUGUUGACAGAUCCAAAUGUUGAAGAUGAACAAAAAUUAAAAAUUGUACAAACUCUGAAUGAAAACUUUGAGAUGAUUGUGGAUUCUCAUCAAUAUCCAACAUUUUUAGAACAUAUGAUCAAAUAUUUUAUUCGCAUUUUAGUUGAUGGAGAACCAUAUUUUAUAGCAGAAUAUCAUAUAUUUCAAGUAAGAAAACUGGUGUUAGAAAUGAUAUAUAGACUACCUUGUAAUGAAUUUCUAAAACCUUAUGUUGAUCGACUUGUAACAUUAUGUAUGAAGCUCAUUGAAACUGAUAAUGAACAAAAUGGAAUUUCAUGCAUACGUAUUAUUGUUGAAUUACAAAAAAAUUUCAGACCUCCAUAUAAUGCUGAAAUUAGUACAUUUCUUCGAAAUACAAAAAAAAUCUAUUGGGACAUACCUGAUAACAUGGAAAAAAUAUUUAGCAUGAGAACCCAACAAAAACUGCGUAUUAAUGAUCUAUCUACAGUUGAUAUUAGUKAAAUUCUAGAUAAUACAUAUUCAACAAUUGUUAUUAACUGUGAAACAUCAGAAAAUAAUAUUGAGACGUAUAAUGUUAUUCCGCGAAGUAUUUCGUCAUUAAAAAUAUUGCAAGAAUUACCAAUAGCAAUCGUACUUAUUUAUCAACUUUAUAAAGAUAAUGUCAAAAGAGAACUUAGUGAAUAUAUUCCAACCAUUAUACGAAUUAUACCUCUACAGCCAUCAACACUUUACAAAUCUCAUUCAAAUUAUAACAAGGAAAUUUUGGUUGAAUUGAUAUCAGCUCAAAUUAAAGUUUUAUCUUAUCUAGCAUUUGUUAUUAAGCCAUUUGCAGAAAUUGUAACUAUUCAUUCUGUACAAUUAGUUGAAGGAAUGAUUGGAAUGUUGGAAUCAUGUCCCAUGGAAGUUACUCAUCUUAGAAAAGAACUUUUGAUCGCAUCAAGACAUAUUCUUAAUACAGACUUACGAAUAAAAUUUAUUCCAUACAUGGAUAAAUUACUUGAUGAAAAUACACUACUUGGCCGAGGAUGGACUACUACAGAAAAUUUAAAACCACUGGCAUAUAGUACUAUUGCUGAUCUAAUUCAUCAUGUUCGAGUUCAUUUAUCACUACCAACAAUUGUAAAAGCUAUUAAUCUUUUUGCAAUUAAUGUUCAUGACCAUAGUUUAACUCCUAGUAUCCAGUUAAUGUGCUGUAAAAUGUUAAUGAAUUUAGUAGAUUGUAUUAGACAGAGAAAUGGUGAAGAAGUUCCCAAUUUAAAAUGCACUCCUGGAGAAACUGUCAGUUUUGAUCUUUUAAUACGUAUUGUUCAAGUUUAUGUGCUAAAACUCAAAGUAGUUUCUAAAUUAUACAUACCAGCUAUAAUUUCUAAAAAUGCCACUAAAUCAUUGACAUCUGAAUCAUCACAAAUUCUAGACAUCAAUGAGGGUGAAACUAUUGAUGACAUUAUAAAACGAGAACAAAAAGAGUUUGCUAAUAAUCCUGGUGGAAAAAAACUUCAAGAAAAAACAAAAUAUGUAUUCUCUUCAUCACCAACAGCUUUAUUCUCAUUGCCAGAGUGCAGGACGCUAGUUAAAGUUAUAAUUUGUGGUAUAAAAACUGCUGUAUGGGGUAUUGCUACAGUUAAGACUAAUAAAGAAGAUGAUUCAGGAAGUACACCGAAAUUACCAGUUAAACCUCAACUUUUAAAAAUUUAUUCUGGCCUUGUUAAAUGGUCUUUACAAGCUAUGGAUGUGCAUAUAAUAAAUCCAUUAAAUAAUCAAAACAACAAUGCCAAUGUUUUAAGACCACGAUCAAAAGAAGAAAAAGAAGCAAUGGACCAUUUAAGUAGUAUUUUUACUUUAUUACCUCCAAGCACAUUUAAAGAAAUAUUUUCUACUACAAUAGCAUAUUUUGUUGAACGAGUAGAAAAAAAUCAUGCUUUAAUGUACAUUAGUGAAUCACUUUUAAACAAUAGCCUCAAUACAUCAGACACUUCUUCCAUAUUUGCAACAUUAUUAUUAGAACAUUUACUAAGCAAAAUGGAAGAUAUGGGCAGUGGAAAUGCUGAAAGAAGUAAUUUGUAUUUAAAACUUUUUAAGCAAGUAUUUGACACAGUUAAUCAGUACUCAAUUGAAAGUGAACAAACACUUCAACCUUACUUAAAUCAAAUUGUUAACAGUUCAAUGAAACUAGCUUUAACUGCUAAAGAUCCAUAUUACUAUUUUUUACUAUUACGUCCUCUAUUUCGUUGCAUUGGAGGUGGUGCACAUGGAGUUUUAUAUCAAGAAUUUUUACCUCUUUUACCAAACUUAUUAAAAAGCUUAAAUAGCUUACAAUCUGGUUUACAUAAACAAGAUAUGAAAGAUUUAUUUGUGGAAUUGUGUCUUACUGUACCUGUUCGUUUAAGUUCACUAUUACCUCAUUUACCUCUACUUAUGGAUCCAUUAGUUUCUGCUUUAAAUGGAUCUCCAUCAUUAAUUAUUCAGGGUCUUAGAACUUUGGAACUAUGUGUGGAUAACCUGCAAACAGAUUUUUUGUAUGAACAUAUUCAACCAGUAAGAGCUGACUUAAUGCAAGCUUUAUGGAGAUCGUUGCAUAACACUAAUGAUAAUGUUUAUCCUGUAGCAUUCAGAGUGUUAGGGAAAUUUGGUGGUGGUAAUCGUAAGAUGAUGACUGAACCUCAACGACUGGAUUAUUCAAUGCAUAGACAGUCAACAAAACCAGCUAUUAUCAUUAAAUUUAAUGAUCAUUCUGAAUCUGUAACAUUUAAUGUUGAUAUGGCUAUAGAAACUGCCGCAGAAUCACUUAAAACAUCAACUGAUCCAUACUAUCGUAAAAAAUGUUGGGAAGUAAUAAAAUCAUUUUUAGCAGCAUCUGUGUUAUCAAAUGAUGAUAAAUCAGUUUUAAUGAAAUUUUUUUCUCAUCCUAGUUUCAAAGAAGGAAAAAUAUCAAACUUUCACUCAACCGUAUACAAAUAUCCAGAUCCAGUUGUAAGGAAUACUUAUGUAAUGGCAUUAAAUGGUAUUUUUGUCAGCGCAGCAGUUAAAGAACUUAGAGAUACAGCACUUGGAACAUUGCUUGAUGUUGUAAUGCGCUAUACUAUGGUGGCAAUUUCUCAACAAGCUGGACCAUUAGUAAACAGUGAAAAAAAUGAAAAGUGUUCAUUUGGUAUGGAUCCUCUAGUAUUAAUUGACUCAAUGGCAACUGUUAUGAGUUAUCAAGAAAAAGAACUUUUAAAACCGGCAAGGCUGGCUCUUACAAUUAUUUUAAAUACGGCUACAAUUAUUAUGGGAUCUAAAGAAAGAGCGUGCCAAUUACCUUAUAUGGAAUACAUGGUUGAUAAGUUAUGUGCUUUAUGCUAUGAUCGUGCUUGGUAUACCAAAUUUGGAGGAUGUUAUGCAAUACAAUUUUUUUAUAGCAGCAUGUCUUCACAAUGGGUGUUUGAACAUUUAUAUUUAUUUGUUAAAGCACAACUUUUUGUUAUCAUGGAUUUAUCUGGUGAUGUUUCUAAUGGAGUUUUGGACGAGGCUAAAAAAAAUUUAGAAAACAUGUUACGGAAAGCAGCUUCGCCACUAGAUCAGAACUCUGGUUCUCAACUACAAGCUUUACAGAAAAAGGCUAUACAUGAAGUUACUUAUGAACUAAUUCGUCAAGUAACAAGUCCUAAUGAUCUACUUCGAAAUCAUUCCACUCAUUUAUUGGGUGUGAUAGCAUCUGCUCAAGGAAUCACUGUAACUCAAGUUAUGGAACCGCACAAAGAAGGGUUAUCAGAAAUCAUACCUCUAAGAAAGCAUUUAUUACGCCAUCAAGGAUUUAAAGCACAAAUUGGGAUGAUGGAAGGAAACACAUUCUGUACUUCUUUAUUACCGCGAUUAUUUACAAUAGAUUUGAAUAUAAAAGAACACAAUUUAUUUUAUCAUGAAGUAUCCAAUCUUUGUGAAGCCAGUGAUUCAGCUAUGUCUAAAUUACCAGGAUAUAAAACAAUGAAUCCAGGACAAAUGUUGUUAUUACGUCAAGCUGGAAUGAGAGCUCUUGCUGCUUGUUAUUAUAUUCCYCAACCUGAAGUUAAAAGUCGAAUUUUUCAUGCUUUAUAUGGUGCUUUAGAUAAAAAUAACCCAGAUUUACAAGAAACAGCAUUUCAGUGUUUGAGAAAAUUUGUUUCUACUUCUCAGAUUGAUAUGCCAAUGGUCCACGAAUUGAUGAAGAAACAAUUAGGAGAUUUAGGUGAUUAUAGAAACUUAACUUUAAGUGGAACAAGACGUUUAUGGUAUUUAGUUCAGCUAUUUCCUACGAGCUUUAGUGAUAUGUUUUGUUCACAUUUAAUGGAUAUAAUGAAAAAAAUGUUUGAAGUUCUAAUCCAAAUGAAAAAAGGAAUUUCAAAGAGCGGAAGCUAUGAAUCAAUAAUGGUGAUUAUUAUUGAAAUGUAUAAACAAUUACCUGUAGCCAAUUAUAGGCACAUUGAAUCACUAUGUAGAUUAGUUUUGGAUAGUGAAAAAAGCCUUCAGGUGAGCAUACUAUCUCCAUUUCAUAUGCCACUUUUAGGAUGUUUGCUUAAAUAUCCAACUCAAAUUGUGCAACUAUUUUUACAAGAUAAUCAUAUAAAGGAACCCAAUUGGGUAAAAUAUUUACACAUGAUGAUUGCCAAUGAAAAAUGCCAAACAAUACGCGAAGCUCUUCAAGGUAGUGGACGUAGACUAAAUGAGUUAAUUACAACUUCUCAUUCAGAUCCUACUAAAGUUAUUGAAUAUGAAACAGUUAGGAUUAUCAAUUCUAUUGUACGGCUAGAUAAAAAAUGGAUUUAUAAUCAAACAGAUUUAAUUAUAUCAUUAUCAGAACUAUGGGCGUCUGAACACUACCAAGAACAUUUUUUGAAUCCUGGAUAUCUUGAAUUCUCUCACUGGAAUGAGCCAAAAAUGUUAGCAAAAGUGUUGCUUCAGUAUUUUAUUCAUAAUCCUAAUCAAGUAGACUUACUUUUCCAUUUGAUCAAAGCAUUCUGUUUUAGAUUUGUAUCUGAUUUUCAGUUUUUAAGAAUAUAUUUAGAAGAAACAGUUGCAAAAACUUUCUCUCCUCAAUGGAAACGUACAGCUUUCUUUCGCUUUGUUGAAAUAUUUCAAGAUAAUAACAUGAGUAAUCAUUUCAAAUCAAAAAUUUUACAAUAUAUCAUACUACCUUCAGUUUCGGCUAGUUAUGAAAAUAAUGAGCAACAAGCUUUAAUUCAUGGUACAACAGAUCCAUCAGAUUCAACAGGAAAUAUUGUUACAUCUUAUAUAUAUCAGUUAAUUGUACAUGAACUACCACCAGGAAUUGGUGAAGACAGCAUACGUAUUCAUCUAUUACAACUUGGAUGUAUGUUGGUUGAUGAUUUUCCUGUCAAUAAAGAAAGUGCAUUUAGCCCAGAUGGACUCUGCGAAAAUUUAAAACGAGUUAUGAGUUAUGCUUGGCCAUGUUUAUUAGAAAAAUCUUGUGUUGAUCCAACUGCUCGUUAUAGUGGCCAUUUGUUACUGUCAUACAUAGUUGCUUCAUAUCAUGUUAAUAGUCGAAUAAUUUUACAAGUAUUUCAUGAACUACUUAAAGCAUAUCACGUUGAAGUGAGAAUUGUUGUUCGGCAAGCAUUGGAUGUAAUAACACCUUCAUUAUCUAUUCGUUUGAACAAUGGAAAUAAAUUAUUAUGUCAAUGUACAAAGAAAAUUAUUGUUGAAGAAGCUCAUUUGAUGCAACAACUAUUCCAUGUGUUGCAUUUAGUUGUCAGACAUCACAAUGUUUAUUAUCCAAUCAGACAUAGACUUAUUCAACAUAUGUUAAGUGCCAUGCAGAGAUUGGGUUUUAUGGCAUCUGCUACUUUUGAACACAAAAAAUUAGCUGUAGAAAUGGCUGAAGUUAUUAUAAAAUGGGAAUUGCAGCGAAUUAGAGAUGAAAAUAAUGCAGCUGAGAAUUCUAUGGAAGGAGUUGUAAAAAAAAUUAAACUUGAACCUUCAGUCCUAUUACAAUCAGAUGAUAUUGACAAAGAUUUAUCAAUUAACAAAAACGAUUUUGCAGUUGUUUUCAACUUUUUAGCGAAAAUGUCUUGUCAGGUCAAUGAUGGUGUUGCUGGUGGUUUGGCAGAGCUACUAUCUAAACGAUGCAUAACAUUAUUAAAAACUGCUUUAAAAUCUGAAGCUUUUAUGUCCAGAUGUAUUGAUAUGAUAAAAUUAACAUGGAUGGACAAAACAUUUUGUGCUGUAUCAACUUUGGAACCAGCUGCUAAUAAUCCUACUACUGCCAUGUCUGUUGCAAAUAUUGCAUCAGCGUUUGAUGUUUUAACAUUUUUUUUAACUACGUUACCAAAAGAGCAACUUUUAAUCACAAUUAAACCUCUCCAAAAAGCAUUAUAUGAAUGCAUUAGUACUACUAAUAUGAAGAUUGGACGAAUGGCACAUGUAUUUCUUACACGUUUAAUUUACAUUUUCCCCAUGAUAAAACCAUAUCUUAUUGAGCUUGAAGAACUAUACAUUUUAAUAAAUGUGUUAAUAGAUGAAAGUUUAAACAAUUUUGAGAAAAAUAUAUCACAAAAUUAUAAUAGAUUUUUAACAUGUGUAAUAAUGUUAAAAGCUGCYAGUGCUAAUAAUGCGGCUUUUAUCGAUAACUUGUCUUCACGAUUUGUACAUGUUCUACAAAAAGUAUGUCGAGAACAGCCACAAUCUACAAAUACUGAGUCAUCAAUGGGAAUAAGUGAGCUAGUUAUUCAAAGUCUAGACUUGAUGAAAAACAGAGUUACAAACAUGCAUAUUGAAACUCGAAAAACAUUUAUUGGAACUAUCCUUGUGGGCUUGAUUGAAAAAACAAAUGAUUCAAGAAUAAUGAAAACAAUUUUAAAAAUGUUGGAAGAAUGGAUGCAUAAUCCUCCAACUGAAGGACCCAAUUUGCGUGAAAAAUCUAUAUUAUUGGUAAAAAUUAUGCAGCAUAUUGAAAAGAAAUUUCCUGAUCUGAAUGCUCAAUAUUUAGAUAUUAUUAUUCACAUUUAUAGAGAUGAAGAGUUGCGUAAUUCAGAACUUGGACAUAAAUUGGAAGCAGCCUUUCUAAGUGGUUUACGGUGUUCACAACCUGCUGUUCGUGAAAAAUUUUUUACUUUAUUCAAUCAACAAAUUAAUACUAGAUUGCCUGAACGUUUACUAUACAUUGUGAGUUCACAAAACUGGGAACCAAUGAUGACUCAUUACUGGAUAAAACAAUGCAUUGAAUUAUUAUUAGCUACAGUUGAUCCAAAUUUACCUGUGACAUUAAAAGAUUCAAAUUCAUCAACUUCGUCAAAAUUACCAACAAUUAGAGAAUUAGUCAAUAACUGUGAUACUUCAUUCAUUGAAGAAAUUCUUAAUACUAAUGAAGACAUUGGUGUAAAAUCUGAGUAUGCAAUGGACACUGAUCAAAUAGUGACUGAUAACAUAGAAGUUAUUGAGGGUGGAAAAUUAGAACCAUUGAUAAGUAGACACAUAAAAUUUAUGGAUAAUCUAAAAGCAAUGAAACUCGGAGAUAUCUGUUCAGCCAUAGCCCAGCUGUGUCAUAUGGAUUCAACUUUAGCGGAAAAAAUUUGGCUUGUAUUAUUUCCUGCUAUUUGGGAGUCAUUAAAUUCCACACAAAAAACUAUAUUAUUACCUGAAAUUAAUCAAUUUAUUGUAAGUGGUAUACACGUUGUUCAGAGAGACGUUCAUCCAAGUGUUAUAUCUACAUUCUUUGAAGCAUUAUUUCAAUGCCAACCAAAAAUACAUUUUAAACCAAGUGUCAUGUUGUAUGUUGGUAAAUCUCAUAAUUUAUGGCACCGUGUAACUUUGUCUUUAGAAAAAAUGAUGAUAGAUAAUAACUUUGAAGUAAUAAAACAAGAUUGUUAUGAAUUUGAACCAGAAAUAUCACCACAAAGAGACGUCAUUGAUACAUUAGCAGAGAUGUAUAAACAGCUUAAAGAAGAAGACAUGUGGGCUGGUUUGUGGCAAAAACAUGCUCAAUAUCGAGAGACUAAAAUUGCUCUUGCGUUAGAACAACAAGGGUUAUUUGAACAAGCUUUAUCUACUUAUGAGUCUUUAAUUGAAAAAUAUCAAAGUGAAUUUUCUAGUUCUCCUGCAUCAGUCAUGGUCUUAAGUGAAGCACGCUUAUGGGAAUCACAAUGGAUUAGAUGUUCAAAAGAGCUCAAUCAAUGGGACAUUUUACUUGAAUAUUCAAAACUUAAUGGUCAUCUCAACCCAUUUUUAAUACUAGACAGUGCUUGGCGUAUACCCGAUUGGCAUGUAAUGAAUGAAGCAUUAAGUUGUGUUGAUAAUACUUGUCCUAAAGAAUUUUUGUGGAAGAUGUAUUUAUACAGAGGGUUUUUAGCAAUUUGUCAUCCAGAUGAUCCAAAUUUACCCUAUGUUACUCGAAAUGUAGAAAUGGCUAGUAUACAUGUAAUUAGAGAGUGGAGACGGUUACCGCAUAUUGUAUCACAUAUACAUUUACCAUAUCUUCAAGCUUCCCAACAGAUAAUGGAAUUAUCUGAGGCAGCUCAAAUACACCAGGGGUUACAAGAAAAAGAUACAAAUAAUUCAUUGCAUAAUAUGAAAGCAAUUUUAAAAACAUGGAAGAAUCGGUUGCCAGUUGUUGCUGAUGACUUAAGUCAUUGGAGUGAUGUAUUUGUUUGGCGACAACAUCAUUAUCAGUUUGUUAUUGAAUAUUGUUCCCGACCCGAACAAUCCACAAAUGCAGUAUUAGGGGUCCAUGCUUCUGCUCAAGCUAUAAUACACUUUGGCAAAGUUAGCCGUAAACAUAAUUUAACUGGAGUUUGUCUUCAAACAUUAUCUCGAUUGUAUACAAUACCUAAUGUACCUGUAGUUGAUUGUUUCCAUAAAAUUAGACAACAAGUAAAGUGUUAUAUGCAAAUGGCAUCCAUAUCAUCUAAUAAACAUGAAAUUCAAGAUUGUUUGGAAGCUAUUGAGAGAACAAAUUUAAAAUUCUUCCAAAGUGAAAUGACUGCUGAAUUCUAUGCACUUAAAGGGAUGCUACUUGGUCAAAUUGGUAAAUCUGAAGAAGCGCACAAAGCUUUUUCAGCAGCUGUGCAAUUACAUGAUUCUAUGGUUAAAGCUUGGGCACUUUGGGGGGAGUAUAUGGAAGAGUUCUUUACUAAAAGUUAUCCAAAUCAGACUAUGCAAACUGGUGUAGCUGCAAUAAUAUGCUUUCUACAAGCUUGUCGUCAGCAAAAUGAGUCUAAAUACCGAAAAUAUUUGGCUAAAGUUUUGUGGCUAUUAACUUAUGAUGAUAAAGAAUAUUCAUUGCUUAGUACAGUUGAUACACAUUUCAAUGGAGUUCCUCCUGCAUUAUGGUUGCCUUGGGUGCCACARUUAUUAACUACAUUGGCAAGCGAUGGUGGUUCUUUAUUACAAAACUUAUUGAUACAAGUUGGAAGAUUGUAUCCACAAGCCGUGUAUUUCCCAACAAGAACACUAUACUUCACGCAUAAAAUUGAAUAUAGAGAACGUUGCAGAAAUUCUGAAUUAUUAGCUGCGGCCAAUAAGCAAUCACAAACUAAUGAUACCACACAAAAUUCCACUUCUUCUCAAAGCACUGGAUUAACUGAUUCUUCAUUACGUGCCACACCUGCAAUGGUACGUUUUUCUAAAGUAAUGCAUCAGCAACGAGAAGUUCAUCCAACAAUUGUACUAACUUUAGAAGGCAUAGUAGAUCAGAUGGUUUGGUUCAGAGAAAAUUGGUAUGAAGAAGUACUGAGACAACUUCGUCUUGGAUUAGCAAAAUGUUAUAACAUUGCUUUUGACAGUCGAGGAUCUGUUGCAGAUGCCCAAAUAACACCUCAUACAUUAAAUUUCAUAAAGAAAUUAGUAUCAACAUUUGGAAUUGGAAUAGAAUUAUUAGCAAGUAAUAUGGCUGCAAAUAGUGCUGCUAUAUCUACUAAAGGGUCAUUCCCAGGUUCUGGAUCUGAGAGUUUAGCUAAACGGGCUCAGACAACAAUACAAGAUCCAGUUUUCCAAAAAAUGAAACAACAGUUUUCCAAUGAUUUUGAUUUUACUUUGCCAGCAGCCAUGAAAUUACAUCAUAUGAUUUCAAAAAUGAAAAAAUGGAUUAAAAUAUUAGAGACCAAAAUUAGACUUUUACCAAAAUCCUUUUUAAUUGAAGAAAAAUGUAGAUUCCUCAGCAAUUUCAGUCUUCAAACUGCUGAAAUUGAAAUUCCUGGAGAAUUUUUACUUCCAAAGCAUUCGCAUUAUUAUGUUAAAAUUGCUCGUUUUAUGCCAAGAGUUCAAAUAGUUGAAAAGCAUAAUACGUCAGCCAGAAGAUUAGUUAUGCGGGGUCAUAAUGGUAAAUUAUAUUCUUAUCUAGUAAUGCAUGAUGCUGGUUUAGGUGAUACAAGACGUGAAGAACGAGUCUUACAGUUAUUACGGAUGUUAAAUCAUUACCUGACCAAACAAAAAGAAACAUCUCGCAGAUUUUUAUAUUAUACAGUACCCAGGGUUGUUGCUGUAUCUCCACAACAACGGCUUGUUGAAGAUAAUCCUUCAUCAUUAUCAUUACUUGAUAUUUUUAAGUCAAUGAGUACAUCUCAACCUUAUGAUGAUUGUAUUGAACAUUAUUAUCAACGCCUAGCUAAUAUUCAAAAUCAAGGAACUCAGGCAAAUAUUCAAAUGCUUUUGGAUGUAUUUUUAGAAGUACAAAAAAGUUAUUGUCAAAGCCAUAUAUUGAAAAAUUGGGCGACUCUAACAUAUGCUUCACCAACAGAUUAUUGGACAUUUAGAAAAAUGCUUACACUUCAAUUAUCGUUAUCAUGUUUGGCUGAAUAUGUUUUACAUCUUACCAGGAUUAAUCCUGAAAUGAUGUAUAUACACCAAGACUCUGGGUUGCUUAAUGCUUCAUACUUCAAAUUUGAUGUAGAUGAUAAAAAAGGUGAACUAGUUUCCAAUCGGCCUGUUCCCUUUAGAUUAACUCCCAAUUUUGUUGAAUUAAUGACUGAUAUCGGUAAAAAUGGCCCUCUUACUGCGAGUAUUAUGGCAACAGCUCGAUGUUUUAAUCAACCUAACAAUAAAGUUCAAGCUAUUCUUAGGGCAAUACUCAGAGAUGAAAUGAUCACCUCUUAUAAAAAAAAAUUGGAAGAUGAACUUUCAACUGAUAGAGAUGAAAUAUCUGGUGACAUAAUAAUCAGCAUGGUUACAAAAGCAGUUAAUUCCAUAAUGCAUAGACUAAAUAGCCUAGCAAAUUUUGAUGGUGCUGAUAAUAAGGUAAGCACAAUUGUAAGUGCAGCGUCAUCAGUUGAUAAUUUAUGCAGAAUGGAUCCAGCAUGGUAUCCAUGGUUAUAAACAUUUUUAUGAAAAAUUUGUUUCUCAAAUAUUUAUAGAUCUCUUAGUUUACAUUCACUACUAAUAAAGUAAUCAGAAGAUUUUUAUUUAACCUUUUUCUAUUUUACUAAUAAUAUUUUAAUAUUUUUUUAUG